GUGCCCGCUGCUAGCUGCUGCGGCAGGGUUUCGGUCGAUCCACAAGCGGCGGGCUUUCCCCGGAUGGUUGCAGCAGAGGGAUCAUGACGGGGAAGAAGUCUUCCCGGGAGAAGCGGCGCAAACGAAGCGGUCAGGAGGCGGCGGCGGCGGCGGCGCUCGCGGCGCCGGACCCGGUUCCCGCCGUCGCCAGCGGCGGCAGUGGAAGCACCAGCGGUUGCGGGAGCGCCAGCGGCUGCGGGAGCGUCACCUGCUGCGGGAACACCAGCUUGAGUGGAAGUGUCACUGGCGGUGGGAGCUGCGGCAGCUGCUGGGGUGGGGGCAGCGUGGAGCGCAAUGAGCGCCGUAAGCGGAGGAGCACUGACUCAUCUGCCAGCGUCUCCGGCUCCUUGCAGCAGGAAGCCAAAUAUCUUUUGCCAACUCUGGAAAAAGAGUUAUUCUUGGCAGAGCACAGUGACCUUGAAGAAGGUGGAUUAGACCUGACUGUGGCAUUAAAACCAGUUAGUUUCUAUAUAUCAGACAAAAAAGAAAUGCUUCAGCAGUGUUUCUGUAUCAUAGGAGAGAAGAAGUUACAGAAGAUGCUUCCUGAUGUGUUAAAGAACUGUUCCAUAGAAGAAAUUAAAAAACUGUGCCAGGAACAGUUAGAGCUCCUGUCUGAAAAAAAAAUCUUGAAGAUUCUUGAGGGUGACAGUGGUAUGGACUCUGAUGUGGAAGAAGAGGCAGAUGAUGGCUCUAAGAUGGGAUCUGAUUUAGUUAGUCAACAAGACAUCUGUAUAGAUUCUACCUCAUCCCUGAGAGAGAACAAGCAACCUGAAGGUUUGGAAUUAAAACAAGGCAAAGGGGAAGAUAGUGAUGUACUCAGUAUAAAUGCAGAUGCUUAUGACAGCGACAUAGAAGGCCCAUGCAAUGAAGAAGCAGCUGCUCCUGAGGUCUCAGAAAAUACAGUCCAAAGUGAAGCUGGUCAGAUAGAUGACCUGGAGAAAGACAUUGAGAAAAGUGUGAAUGAGAUUCUGGGACUGGCAGAGUCUAGCCCAAAGGAACCGAAAGCCGCCACCCUGACUGUUCCUCCACCAGAAGAUGUUCAGCCUUCUGCACAGCAGCUGGAGCUGCUAGAACUUGAGAUGAGGGCAAGAGCUAUUAAAGCCCUAAUGAAAGCUGGUGAUAUAAAAAAGCCAGCCUAGUUUAUUUAAAUUGUAUCUGAAUAUUAGAUGUGUUUGAACAAAGCCACAUCAUAUAAUUUUGUAUCUAAAGUUUAUUUGGGGUCUUACAUGAUAUUUCUCAUGUAACUCUUAUUAGAUAAACUCAUUUUAGGCCUAAAAUACAUGUUUUUGUUGUUGUUGUUACUUUUGUAUUAUAUAUGUUAUUGUUUUCUGAAUUCAUGGCAAAUAUCAUUGGGUAACCGGGAUACUUUGUUAGAUGAGUAUUUAGCUAUAUCUGCAAAUUAAUACCAGAAAAGCCAUUAGCAAAGAUUCAUGGUAUUUUUUUCUUUAUUUUGAAAUGUUUUGACAUCAAACCAAAAAGUUUAUGAAAGAUUGGCCAAGCAUGUUGCCUUUAGGCUACCUGUAUUUUGCGAUAGAAUAUUAAAUUAUUGCUCCUAGAUUUGUUAACAAUUUAAGAAAUUUAGUUAUGCUUAUAUGCACUUUUAAAAUAUGUACUGCAUUGAAGAUGCCUUCUAUGGGUGUGGACUUGCUAGUAAAAACUGAGUGACAUUUUUGUUACAAGACUUAGAGAUCCAAAAUGGCUGAGAAAAGCUUUCUUUAUAAAAGAGAAAAAGGACUUAAUUUAAAGCAUUUUUUAACAAUGUAGAAGUAAUUGCCCAACUUUAAUUCCAGCAGACAAGUUAUUCUAACAGGUAUUUGAUAUUACUGGACGCUUAGUUCAUUUUUUUUCCUUCAAUAAAAAGGGAAGGGCUUCCCCGGUGGCGCAGUGGUUGAGAGUCCGCCUGCCGAUGCAAGGGACACGGGUUCGUGCCCCGGUCCGGGAAGAUCCCACAUGCCGCGGAGCGGCUGGGCCCGUGAGCCAUGGCCGCUGAGCCUGCGUGUCCGGGGCCUGUGCUCCGCAACGGGAGAGGCCACAACAGUGAGAGGCCCGCGUACCGCAAAAAAAAAAAAAAAAAAAAAGAA